CGGGUCAGUGCGGCAAAGGAGACAAAUGUAAGUUCAGUCACGACGUGUCCGUCGAACGCAAGAGCGAGAAGAAGAACAUGUAUGAAGACAACCGACAGGAGGACACUAUGGAGGACUGGGACGAAGAGAAGCUCAAAGAAGUGGUCGAUAAGAAACACGGAGAGAGGGAAAGGAAAGGCAUGCCUACCACUGAUAUCAUAUGCAAACAUUUCAUCGAUGCUUUGGAAACGAAUAAAUACGGCUGGUUUUGGGACUGUCCUAACGGUGGAGACAAAUGCCAUUACAGACACUGUCUUCCGCCCGGAUUUGUGUUGAAUAAAGACCGCAAGAAGAAGGACAAGAAGGACGACAUUACUAUUGAAGAAUUGGUUGAAAUCGAAAGGGCGAAACUCGGCUACCAUUUAACUAAAAUAACUCUACAAUUAUUUCUCGAAUGGAAGCGAAAG